AUGUCAACACCAACGCAAUCAGCAAUCAUCUGGCCCGACAAGUUUCUACCGGGUACAACAGAUAAUUUCGUUAGCAACGAAAUCAUUGUCAAGGACAUCACAGUCACGCAAAUCUGGGAGCAAUUAAAUGAUAUUUCAAAGUGGCAGUCGUAUUAUAGAAAUUGCGAUCAAAUCACCGAGCCAAAAACUGGACCUCGAUUGCAGAAGGGCGAUGUAUUCAAAUUCAGCACGUUCGGGCUACCUGUCUUGACGUGUCUAGUUGAAGAGGCAGUUUCGCCUGGACCGGGCCAUGCUGGUCGUCUUGCGUGGUCCACACGACUGGGUGGCGACACGAACGAGAAAAUUGAAGUUUAUCAUGCUUGGUUAGUGGAAGAUCUUGAAGGAAAUAGAGUGAGGGUGAUGACCCAGGAAAGUCAAAUCGGCGAGCCGGCCGCAAGGUUGGCCACAGCGAAGCCUAACAGAAUGUUGCUUGGCCAUCAGGACUGGCUAGAUGGAUUGGUCAAGGCGGUGAAGGGAGAGGAGAUUGGAGAGACAAAUUUAGAAAGCGUAUAAUUCUGGGUAGGUUACCUGCCGGAGCGAAAUGGAUGAUGUCUGCGAUUUCAGGGUAGGAGAAGGCAAGUUGUCAAUUAAAAAUACCAUCAAUUAUAUCCAGAAGGCAAAGGAUAGUCUGACUGCUUCGCU